AUGGUUUUAUAUCAAGUCACAUUGGUGGUGUCCUCGGGGAUUCCUGCCUACUGUGGUCGUAGCCAACACCCCCGGCAGCCCGCCAUCCCGGAGAACACCACAGAGAACACGGAGGUGGUGGUGCUAUCGAACCUCGCGGACUCUCCCAGUGUUUACUUCACUCUCGUGAACGGCGACACGCCGGACACCAACUCCGAGGGCACGUUUGCCAUCAGAAGACGGCUGCCUGACCAGCAAAGCUCUGUCUGCGGGGACAGCGGCGACACCAUCUUCGUGGCCACGCGAACCCUCGACUACGAGUUCGUCCAGCUUUACAAACUCAACCUGCAGAUUGUGAACGAGCGCAACGCCCGCCUGGAGCAGCAGGUCUUGGUCACCAUUGUGGACGUGAACGACAACGCGCCGCUGCUGCAGCCCUUCGACGGCGCGGUGCUGGAGAACACGGACAGCACGCUCAUCACCACCAUCCAGGCCGUGGACAAGGACGCCUCCCCAGAGUACAGGAAGCUCACGUACUCGUUCGACGCCACGGCCUCCCACGACGUGAUCACCAAGUUCACCCUCAAGACCAACGGGGAGCUGUGGACGACAGGACCGCUGGACCGGGAGGAGGUGAGCCAGUACCGCGUGCCCAUCCAGGUGACCGACGGCGUGCCAGAUCACGAGCGCAUGACCACCUACUGGAUCACGGUGCAGGACCUCAACGACGUGGCGCCCCAGUUCGACCUCUCGCAGGGGGUGUACGAGGUACAGCUGCCCGAGAACAGGGAAGCCGGCAAGCCCACGGGGAUACGCCUGGCCGUAGAUGACCAGGACAUAGUCAAUCACUUCACGUUCAAAAUCGUCGAGGGAAAUGAAGAGAGAAAAUUCCGGAUCGACCCGCUGGCCCGAACGAUCCUGGUGAACAAGCCGCUGGACUACGACUACCCCGUGAUGGACCGAAACUUUACGCUGCGGGUGCGGGUGGAUGACGGCGUCAACGCCCCGGCCCUGACGGACGUGGUAGUGGCGGUGAUGAACGUGAACGACCUUCAGCCCGUGUUCCAGCGAGGCAACUACUCCUUCGUGGUCACAGAGAACACCGACUGCUCGCACCCACUUGGCCAGGCGUGUGUUCAAGUUACCUCUGAUAGCCAGAUGCGUGUCCCGCCCCUUUGAUAGUCAGGUGUCGGCGCUGGAUCCCGACCUGCCGCCCUCCGUCCACCAGAACAUCCUCUACUACUUGUCCCCCGACGAACAGCGGAACUUCACCAUUGACAGUCGCUCCGGCCAACUCUCCAUACGAGGCGUGAGUGUUCCGGGAGACGGAGAGGGAGAGAGGGAGGGAAAAG